CGGCAGGUGGCUUCUCUGCCCUGAACGGGGUGAUCAAAUACCUUCUUGAGUUCGGCGGAAAAGGAAUCAAAUGACUGGAGUACCGGGGAGGAGUUGUGCCAUAACGCGUUUGCCCAUUUAGCUGCUUUGCCACGGAGCAGCUUGUCCAGCACCAUCCAUCCAUCCAUUUUCUACACCGCUUAUCCUCACUAGAGUCACGGGUAUGCUGAAGCCUAUCCCAGCUAACUGCGGGCGGGAGGCGGAGUACACCCUGAACUGGUUGCCAGCCAAUCGCAGGGCACAUAUAAACAAACAACCAUUCGCAUGCACAUUCAUACCUACGGACAAUUUUGAGUCUUCAAUUAACCCACCGUGCAUGAUUUUGGGAUGUGGGAGGAAGCCCCAGUACCCGGAGAAAGCCCACACAGGCACGGGGAGAACACACAACUCCACACAGGUCUCCUGCGUGAAAUGACAGACAGGAGUGGGAGGGCCACUUCGUCGUAACUAAUAAGGAGCGUGAUCAGGAGGCAAUCCCACUGUGACUUUUAUUUUCAAGUCCUCAAACCCGGAGUCGGACUGAUCGUUAUUUCACAUGGAUUAUGCUCUGCUUUCUGCCUUUUCUUCCCUACUGCCUUAGUGGAAACUUUCCCUGCAACUGGUUUUCAAGGAAACAGCUUUCUUGUUUCAGAGCCAUGACCUGCCUGUUAAGAUGGACUGCUUUUCUUUGGACUGUACACUUAACUCCUUCCAUUUUCGGAAUGGCAGUUAAUGAUCGAACAGCUCACUCCUGUCCCCUACUGAAUGUAGAGGAACUCAGGUUUUCUGAUAGCUUAGAUGAACCUCUGGAAAUCACAGGAUUUGAUCUCACAGAAAAGUUUCUUCUCCGAAAGGGAACAGUCACAGAAGACCUGCAUUCAUUUCGCCUGGGAAGCAGCCCACUUAUCAAGCAAACUAAACAAAUAUUUCCAAAUGGAUUGCCAAGUGAAUUUUCUCUGGACACCAUCUUUCGUGUGAGAAGAACUACAAAAAAAGACCGAUGGUAUCUUUGGCAGAUAUUCGACCAGGCUGGAGACACUCAGGUGUCAGUUGUGGUUGACGGCAGUAAGAAGGUGGUGGAGUUCUCCUCGCAGGGCCUGCCAAAGAACGUGUUCCGCUACACGUUUAAGAGCCGUGACCUACACACCCUCUUUGAUCGCCAAUGGCACAAGCUGAGCUUUUCUGUACAGACCAACAUCGUCUCUGUUUACAUGGACUGCAAGCUAAUAGAAAGAAGGCUGACUGCAGAAAGGGAUGACAUCGACCCCAGUGGGCGUACACUCAUCACCACCCGAAUACAGGAUGGACGGCCUGUGGAUGUUGAACUCAAACAAAUUCUGCUGUACUGUGAUCCUUAUAUAGUCGAUAUGGAAACAUGCUGCGAAAUACUGGAGGCAAAGUGUGAAGCCAAGAAGACAUUUAAUGAGACCUCCCCUCCCCCAGUUAGAGCCCAGCUUCCACAGAUGCUGUUUCAGCCAGCCACACAGCCAACUGACAGAUGUCACUGUCCAGCUGAAAAGGGGGAUGCUGGUCUUCCAGGUCUAGUUGGAAUUCCUGGACCAAAAGGGGAUAUGGGAGAAAAAGGAGACCCAGGGGAGGCCUGCAGUCAAGGAAGACUGGGUCAGAAGGGAGAAGAUGGAUCAGGACAGAAGGGGGUCAAUGGGGAGAAAGGUGAUGUUGGUCUGCCUGGAGCUCCAGGGCUGCCUGCUGGCAAAGAUUGCCCCAAAGGACAUCAGGGAUUGGAUGGGGUGCCUGGCCAAUCAGGGGAAGCAGGCAAGGAGGGCAAAAGGGGGCGCAGAGGAAAGACUGGGAAGCCUGGACCUGAAGGCAAGCCUGGGGAGAAGGGUGAGGCUGGUGUCUCUCAAGAAAAGGGGGCAAAAGGAGACAGAGGAGACCCUGGUCAACCAGGUGCCAAGGGUGCCGAAGGGUUGAAAGGACAGAAAGGUGAUGCUGGACCCCCUGGUCCACCUGGUCCUGUGACAGCUCAUGGAUUGAAGCAGCUCUCUGGAACCGAUGAAAUGAUAAAUAUGCAGAAGGGAGAACAGGGAGAUCAGGUAAACAUUGGGCUGCUAGGACAGAAAGGAGAUCCAGGUCCUGAGGGCAAGCAAGGCCGGUCUGGACCAACUGGACUCCCCGGCCUCCCAGGAGAUCCAGGCUCAUCAGGGGUGCCUGGGAGAGAUGGACUAAAAGGACAGAAGGGAGACUUGGGAGAAGUGACUGGGCUUCAGGGACCUCCAGGACCAAAGGGAGAGCCUGGAGAGCCUGGAUAUGUGGGUGAUGGGCUGUCUAUGUCCAGAGGCUCUCGCGGCCCCAAGGGGGAACGAGGCGUCCCAGGACUGCCUGGAGAGCACGGUAAUAAAGGCGAGCCUGGAGAGAGCAUCACAGGCAUGCCUGGCCCCUUGGGACCUCCAGGAAAGCCAGGAAUUGAGGGUCUUCAUGGAGCCCCAGGUUCACCUGGGCCUGUUGGAGCUCUCGGAAGAGUGGGCCCUCCUGGCAGACCUGGGCCCCCUGGCCCUGCUGGACCUCCAGGUGAACCAACUGCACUACCAAUUGUUGGAGAUAUGGGGGCUUUGCUUAAGAACGCCUGCAGUGUUUGCCAGAUGAGAGUCUCUGGGCUGACUGGGCAGAAGGGAGAGAAGGGCUCCCCUGGAGUGCUUGGACAUGACGGCAUGGUGGGAGAAAAGGGGGAUCCAGGUGUAAGAGGUCCAAUGGGGAAUCCUGGGAAAGAAGGCCCAAAGGGAGUGAAAGGAGAGAGAGGCUUCUCUGGCCCCACAGGAGAUAAGGGGGAUGAGGGGCCUCCUGGAAUCCCGGGACUUCCUGGAGUGACAGGUCGCACCGGGGAGCCGGGGCUCAUGGGUCGUCCUGGUCCAAUGGGGCAAACAGGAUCUAAAGGGGAAAGAGGGAAUGAAGGACCUCCUGGUCGACCAGGCCUCCCAGGACCUCCAGGGGUACCCUAUGUGGAGGGCAAUGGGAUGAGCAGUCUGUACAAGCUGCAGAGUGGUGGAGCUAUUUUAGGACCCCCUGGGGCUCCUGGGGCUCCGGGCCCCAAAGGAGAUGAAGGACUUGCAGGGGAACCAGGGCUCAUGGGUUUACCGGGGCUUGAAGGUCUACCAGGUGCUAAGGGUGAUGUUGGUCUGUCUGGUCCACCUGGAAUACCAGGCCCUACAGGGAAACCCGGCCCGCGGGGAGAACCAGGGAUCCCAGGAGAGCCGGGUCAGAGGGGGCCACUUGGAGAGACGGGGUUCCCGGGACCCGAGGGACCACAAGGUGUUGCUGGCAGACCUGGAAAAGAUGGAACUCCCGGCUACAAGGGAGCGUCAGGGAGACAGGGGGACAGAGGAUCCAAAGGUGAACGUGGUGACCCAGGAAUUCCCGGAGAGAGAGGUGUCCAGGGAGAAAGAGGACGCCCGGGAGAUGGUGGCCUGAUUGGCCCGAGCGGACCGUCGGGACAAAAAGGAGAUUCUGGCCCUCCAGGACAGUUGGACGACCACACCUUCAUGGAAGAAGUCAAAAUGUUCAUCAGGACUGAAAUAUUAAGAAUCUUUGAAGAAAAGUUGUCAAGCUCUACCAUGCUGCAGAAACUGCCUGCAGGGAUUUUAGCCUCACAAAUCCAAGGACCUCCAGGACUACCUGGCAAGGACGGCUUACCAGGCUCACGAGGAGAGCCUGGUUCUCCUGGUCCUCAAGGCUACAGGGGGCAGAAAGGAGAAAGAGGUCAGGUUGGUCUGGGCCUACCGGGUGAUCCAGGACCCAUGGGAGCACCAGGCCUUCCUGGUGCAACUUCUCAGGGUCCUCCUGGCUCUCCGGGGCCCCGUGGACCUGCAGGGAUGUGCGACCCAGGAGACUGUCAUCCGUUUGAGCACAGCGCGGCCUCCAGCCGUCCUGCUCCGAGCUCACUAGUGCAGCCAGACGCUGUCCGCAGUAGGAAAGGAGGGACAGCGUGAUUGGUGGUCCCGCACUGGGUCUGUCCAACCAACACUUUUUGUGACAUUGCUAAUGGGCUUGUUUUGAAUGCAAUAUUUUUUAAAUUAUUAUUGUUUUUUAUUUUUUUGCAAAGCUGUACUUUUGUGUUAGGUCGUGUUUUCGCCCGCCCCUCUUCCCUGCUGUGAUGUAAUGCAUUCCUUGUCAACUCUCAUUACAUCUCUCAAGGCUGUGAAAUGACUUUGUUUAGUCACUUUCAGCCCCGUCGGAAUAACAUGAUCUUAAUUAUGUGUUUGCCUCCUUAAUUGGCACGCCUAUCCACCCUUCUGUUCUCAUUCAGAUAAGCCGUCGUGCUAGCAGAAGGUACAUUGUGCGUGUGUUUGUGCACGCGUGUUUGUGCACGUAUGUGUUCGAAAGACGACGACGAACGAGAUUAGCUGAAUGUUUGUUUCAUGUGCGCCUUUGAGAGAAUUAGGAGCUCUUCUGUCGACUUUGUGCAGUGGUCUUCGCGUUGAGCCGUCGCCCUGUGGAACUCCUCGUUAUCAGACUACUGCAGAGCCCGGGGGUGGCCUAACACAUUUAAAUAAUAUACUGAUACUGAUUGCGAGAGAGAGAGACGGAACAAACAUCUAAAAUGAAAACAAAAUCUCUUUGAAAAAAAGAAUCCAGCGCCUCAUGUAUAACCAAAGUGCAUCCACUGUGUCUAAUAUAGAGUUAUUUUUGUGGUGAGAUCUUAAAGAAUGUAUUAAAAUAAGUCGUUUUUUUCUGGAAUGUGGAUUAACCCAUUUAUGUAUCCGUGUGGUGUAGCUUAGGUUUAGUGAUUUGCAUCGUGCAUGAUAAUAAAAAAAAAACUAAAUAUGUCUUCCCAUUUACUGGUACAACAUUAGUCUUUAAUUAGCUUUGCCAUGGCAACUGGGUGUACAGAAAAACAGGGGGGAAACAUUGAGGGCAGAGUUAGUUAUACACAAAGAAAUUAAUAAGUUGUACUUUAAAAAAGAAAUCAUACGGUUGGUGUCACCUCUAUGACAUAUUUUAGGGCCACAAAGGUUCAACACUCAAAAUCAUUAAAAAAAAUUAAUACACGUACACAAAUAAAGCUGUAUUAUUACAAGAAUAAAGUUGUAAUGAGUGACGUUGCAUUUUUUAAGUUGUAGUAAUGAUAAUAAAGCCUUCAUAUAAAGUCUUCAUAUUAUGAGCAGGAAGUUGACAACCUUUCUCUCGUAAAAUAACUUUUAUCUUCUGUUCUCGUGAUACGACUAAUUUGUCAUUUUGAAUUUUUUUCUUGUAAUUUAACAACGUCAUUAUUUUAGUCAGAAUAUUUUAACAUUUUGUGAUAUUACAGCAGACCUCAUUUUAAGCAUCUAUACGGUUACGCUCGUACUGUAAUAUUAACACUUUAUUUUCAGGCAAAUUACUACUUUGCUCCAUAUUUUUUUCUUUUUUCUAGUACAUCACAGCUUUUCUUACAUUGUACUGUAACUUUGUUCUCAUAACAUGUUAUCAUCCAAUAAUAGACUAUUUAAACUUUAUUGUAGUAAACAAACUUCUAUACUCUAAUAAGAUGAUGACUUUAAUAUACUGUUCUAUCCUUCCUUUAACAUUUCAACUUUAUUGUAAAAUUCUGUUUCUUUCAACAAUAUGGCUUUAUUAUAGUAAAAUUACAACUCAGUUCUCAUAAAAUAUUGACUUCAGUGUCUGACUUUUCUCUCUAUUUCAGUGCUUUUCUAAAAAAAUGAUGACUUGAACUAUUAUUUGUGUAAUAUUGCAAUUUAGUUAACAUUUUCAAUAAUACAACUUUAUCGUAGUAAUUUUAUUUAUUUAUUACGGUGUCCCUUCCGUUCCUUCAUACACUUUAAUCUUACGCUUGCCUUGAUGUGUAAAUGCUCUGUUGUAUAUUACUCUGACUGACGAGUCUUUUUGGAUAUGCAUUUUGUUUCUGGGUAAUGGGGCUUGUAAUGGGACCUGAUGAUGUAAUUACACAAGCAAGUUAUCAUUUUAACGAUGUGUUAAGGUUCUCAGUCGAACACUAUUAGAAAGGUUGCUGCUUUGUGUGCCUUUGUUGAUUUAAACGGAUGAUGAUGAUUCCUCUGGUCUAUUUGUAUAUUUUGCUUUUCAACGGCGCCAAAGUAAUCGGAACACAACGCUAAAUGUGUUUGUGAAUUGUACUCACACCUCUACUUGACAUUGUUGACACUAAGAUCCAGGUUCUUUUUUUUUUUCUUUCAUGUCAUCGUCUUAAGACUGGAAAAUAUUGAUUUAUUUAUUUGCUCUUUUCUAAACUUGUUUUCAUGUGCUGAUUGAUUGUACGCUUUGAGUCAAGCAGCCAUUAUGCUAAUUUUAUAAUACUGUCAAUCGGUCUGUAGUCUACUGUAUAUUACCGUAUUUCUUCACUCAGUGGCUCCGCAGACUCAACAGCAGAGAGUACCAGGAAUCUAUUACAAAUUUACACUUCAUUAAAAUAAUAUAUUAAUUGAAAUUUAAAUUAAUUUCUAAUGUGUUCUGUCGUGUUUAAUAUUGUACAAGUGUUGAGACUAUGAGUUUCUAACCGACUCUCCUCCUCAUUCAUAUUCUUUAAUCCUGUUUCUUUUCCUCUUUCUUCCAAGUCAACCAUCGUUUCGCAUCACAUCCCAGACAUUUAUAUAUAUAUUUUUUUGUUUUGUUCUUACAGCAUGCCUGUUUGGUCAACUGGGUUGUAUAACGCAAGUGGGUCUUAGAAUAUUUGAAAUCUUCAUUCAUGAGUCUAAAGAGACCCCUGCUGGACAUGAGUGAAAAUGUCCAAGGUAAAAGGAGGACUUUGUGCAAUGGGCUUUCAACUGGCUUGUGGGUUUUUUUGUUUUUGUUUUUUUUCAUCAUGUUCCUCUUAAUGGGCUCCCCUCUGAGACAAUAAAACGGACCUUGAUCGAAUUCUGACGGCAUGAAGAGUAAUCUGAAAUUCCUGUUUUCCCUCUGUUCUAACUGAUGAGAGGUUCUCAUGUGUGUACCCUUAAUAUUAAUGUGAUUUCAAUUGGCUGAGAGGGAGGACUAAAAAGUGCAUCCUGAUGUCACAACAGCAUUUUAGUGCAAAUCUAUUUAACUGUAAAGGGAGCGCAAACACAAAAGUGUGUAUUUGUUGUUGUAUCAUUUAUUGGCACAUUUGAAUCAACUGCUUAUCUUGUCAUGAGUGAUAUUUUCUUUUCUAUCCCCCAAACGGAAAGGUAUUCUGUAACCACAUAUAAUGUCAUUUAAUCUUGUGAGUAAACUAGUCAUGAGGGGAGUAUGGAUCAGCAUCUCAUCAUGCUCUCUCAGAAAUUAAAUUAAAAUGUCUGCCUGCUGCUCUCUGAGUAACUCAGUUUAUAAACUGGUGUCGAACUGAGUGUCCUUUUGUCCUCAUUUUUAUUUGCCUCAGUAUCUACCUCACUCUGUUCGACAUGUGAUUAGCAAUUUGGGAAUUUUUAAUUUUGAUGUUUUCACACAAAAUCUUGUUUAGUGAGUUUAAUUUGUAUGUGGUUACCAUGAGCAGAAGUUCUCUUUGACAUGAUUCUUUGCAGCAUUUUCUUGAUCUGAACUGAUAUUUACCUUACUUGUGUGCAAUAAAUGUUAUUCAGUGCUUUAA